UUCUUUCUCUUUCUCAUUCUCAUUCUCUCUCUCUCUCUCAAUCAUCCAUGUAUCACCUGCGUUUCUUCUUGUCCUCUUCUCUUUUUUAUUAUCUCUUCUUCCCUUCCCUUUCCCUGCAAACAAACAAAAAUCUAAGUAACUGAAACACACCACCAACACCCACAACAAAAGAGAGAGAGAGGACCAACCCAACCCCAAAGUCAAGAAGAAUCAUAAUCCAAAUUAAUUAAUGCCUCAUUGAUUUCUGAUUCUCUACACAAGUACUCUUCUUCUUCACCAUCAUUUUUAUCUCAUUCUUUGGUUUCAUCGAUCCUCUCUCUCUCAGCUAUCUGGCUAGGGUUUCCCAUGGAACUAAUGCAGAAAAUGAACUUGGAAAAUUUAACCCCAUUCAUUAAAGCAGGGCAGCAUUUGAGCCUUACAACUAUGAUCCUACCAUUUUGAGCUUAUUAUUAUCCUUUCCUCUGUUGCUUGGAUGAGAAGAGUAUAAGUUGACCCACCAUUUGUGUUCGAAAUUGGGAAUAUCUUUUAGUAUCUUAUACAUUUUUUUGGUGGGAAUACAUUGGCCCUGAUGCAAGGGCAAGGGAGUACCAUUGAUUCCUUCCCUGAAUCUGUUAAUAUUGAUCAGGGUUCUGUUUCCAACAACACUGGUAUGAAUCAGCAAACUUCUUUGAAUAACAUGCUGAAUCCUGUGGAAAGCCGGUUGUCAAAUUAUACAGUAGCUUCUGGUGUUGGAUCUUGUGUAAAUGCUGUUACAAAUGAUGUUCAGAGCUUUAGUGGCUGGAAUUCAGGUGAGCCUAGCUCUAGGUUGAGUUCACAAAACCAGAGGAAUGAUGAUGGAAUGAAAAUGGAACACAGUUGGUCUUCUUCAUAUACUGCUCGUAAUGGGGUUGGUCCAAGGUCAGAUGAAAGGAGAUUUGAACCAACUAGCACUCUUUUUCCUGGGAGGCGUAGUAUUGGCCAUAGUGGCAAUCAGGUCAGAAGUGGGCCUUUAUUUUCUCGAGGCUCCAGCUCUAAUAAUGUUCCACAAAAUGUCAACCUAAGUGCAGGGUAUGCUGACAACAGUGUUAAUGGUGGACCGGGUAUGGGAGCUGCUGGAGGCCUUGAUCUCUGUAUUUCAGGUGGACUGGAAACAGAGCAGGCAUAUUCUGCUAGUGCUGCUUCUGAUAAUGUUGGGAACUCAUCUGGAAGCUCUGGUUUUAUGGAGGAAAACAGUGGUGGCUCAGGUUCUUCUUUAGGUGGUUGGGGUUUGUCCUGCAAGAGAAAAGCUCUUGAAGGUACCUCUGGACAGUCUUGCUCAGCUGGAAGUUCAAGUUGCUUUCCUCAAGCUGAAAAUGCUGUUUGGCCUGCUGGCCCUACUCGUUAUGAUGCCUCUAGUAGCUUAAGUUUGUCUCCACCUUCACAGAAUUCUCCUAUUGUUUGUCCUUCUGAACAGCCAAACCCUAGAUUUGGGUUUCCUUCUUCAGGUAUCACAGGAAAUACAGAAAGUCGCCUAAGAAAUUUUGGUAGAAGAGUAGAUACAGGAAACCUACAGGAUUCUCUGCCAUUCAAUUUUUCAUCGACAGGGAGUACUGGGCGUUCAACUGCUGCUCCCCCCCAACUGUCACCUUUACCUCUCCCAUUUAGUGAUUCAUUGGACCUGCGAUCGACAGCAGCUUUAGCUUCGAAUACAAUUACUGUCCAGAACCAGCCUCCUGCUAUGCAUGUUACUGCUUUGUCAAGAAAUGUACAUUCUUUCCCUUGGAAUGGGGCUUCCAGUUCAAGAGCUGGAAAUUUAUCAAGUUCUAUCAUCUCUGGAGAGAGAGGUGCUGCCUUGCGAGAGGAAGCAAACUUAAGAAGCAUCCCGAGAAAUAAUACAGAGCAUCCCAUGUUUUUACCCUCAGCUGAAAUAAGAACUAUGGUGCAGGAUCCAACAAGUUGGAGUUUGGGCACUGGAAGCUCUUCUGGAGGUGUUUCUUCAACCACACGAACUGGAUCCAGUUCAAGCAUCCAUCCUUUGCCUGCUCCUGCCUGGAUUCCCCAUAACCCUACAACACAUAGUCAUCAAAGAUUAACAGAAUUUGCACCAUGGUCUUUAUUUCCAUCUUCUGACUCUGAAUCUGGAGUUCGUAGUGGUCAUUUUCCUCCAUUAUCUGCUGGGCUGUCAUCUUCACAGGAGAUGCCGUCUGGCUCUAAUAGCCAGGUUUAUCCCCAAUCACUAAGAAGGUCGUCGUUACUGGCUGAGAGACAAGGUGACGAUGUUCUCGGUAUGCCCCGUUCUUUACAAGCUUUAGCUGCCGACAUUGAAGGAAGACACCGGCUUAUAUCUGAGAUUCGUCAAGUUUUGAAUGCAAUGCGUCGAGGGGAGAACUUAAGGAUUGAGGAUUAUAUGCUUUUUGACCCAUUCAUAUACAAUGGUCUGGCCGAAAUGCAUGACAGACACAGAGAUAUGCGCCUUGAUGUCGAUAACAUGUCUUACGAGGAAUUGUUGGCACUCGAAGAGCGCAUAGGUGAUGUGAGCACUGGACUGAGUGAGGAAACUAUUUCGAAGUUAAUGAAACAGAAAAAAUACAUGUCCAUUGCAAUAGAAGUCCCAUCAGACCAGGAGCCAUGCUGUAUUUGUCAGGAGGAAUAUGCUGAUGGGGAUGAUCUUGGGAUGCUGGAUUGCGGACAUGACUUCCAUAAUAACUGCAUAAAACAAUGGCUAAUGCAGAAAAACUUGUGUCCCAUUUGCAAGACGACGGCUCUUCCUACAUGAGAGAGUAGAUCAUUGUUCUUGGAGCCAAGAAAUUUAGUUUCUUGGCAAUGGAACGUAAAUCGGAUAAUCAGGUGGCUGAUAUCCAUUUUAUACACUUUUUUUUUUUCAUCCAAAUCGAAACAAGGUUUUUCUUGCUUAUGAACUGCGCUAGUUUAUGAAGAUGGAGCUGGUGUCUGUGUUAUAAAUUGCAGGAUGAGUGAGGAAAGGAUUACAUUCAAAGCUUUAUGACAAUCAUAAAAGUAUUUGAACAUUAUAAAUGACAUUUAAGCUUGAAGAAGGAUACAAGUAGUAUUUUUGUUUCA